AUGAAGUUCUCUACACCAGCCCUUCUUCUUGCUUCCAUUCCAAUCGCCUUUGCUAGCCCUGGCAACUAUGGCUAUGGAUGUGACUGCGAAAAGGUUGCUACUGUAACUGCUACUGCGACUUGCACGGUCACAAAGUCAAUUCACGACCCCCUAGCCACCAAGACCGUCAAAGUGACAGUGCCCAUCUACAAGGCCCCUGUCACCAAGACCGUCACCAGGAUCGUUACCUCUGUCGCCGAUCCUCCCGACGCCAAGACUGUCAAAGUCACGGCUACCAUCUACAGCCCCCCCGUGACUAAGACUGUUACCAAGGCUGUCACAGUCACAGAGCCCGUCUACAAAGCCCCUGCCACCAAGACUGUCACCAAGGCCGUCACCACAUACGGUUGGAAACCUACUGUCACCAAGUACCACAAUGAGCCAGCAUACACCAUGUACAAGACCCAGACUGUCACUGAAUCUGUCACCAAACGCUGCGCUGAUUACGAAAAGCCCCAGUAUAACAUUGGAGUCUAUGACAAUUCUGGAAGUGGGGACUACUACGCCUGA